AUGGGCGCUCUUUUGUCUCUACCGCUUCUUGCGGUACCAAGCGUCGGUACUAUUGUAUCCUUCGCUGCUAGCUGCUGCGGUGCUGCGACCUGUUCCAUGGUCUGCAGUGCCUGUGGCAAAUGCGGCAAUAGUGUCGCAACCCGUAUCGCAUAUGCGCUCCUUCUCCUCGUGAACUCGAUCAUAGCAUGGAUAAUGCUCACGCCAUGGGCAAUCAAAAAGCUUCAGAAACUCACCCUCGACUACGUUACGAUCAAUUGUCCAACUGGACAAUGUCACGGCUGGUUCGCAGUCCACCGAAUCAACUUCGCCCUCGGUCUCUUCCAUCUCGUCCUAGCUGGUCUGCUUUUCGGUGUCGCGACCUCCAAGAAUCCUCGUGCGUCUAUUCAGAAUGGCUACUGGGGUCCCAAGAUUAUCGCCUGGCUCGCCUUUGUUGUUCUUUCGUUUCUGAUUCCCGACGAGUUCUUUUUAUUCUGGGGCAACUAUAUCGCAUUUGCUGCAGCUAUGCUGUUCCUCUUCCUCGGCCUUAUACUUCUUGUCGAUCUUGCUCAUAACUGGGCCGAAUACUGCCUCGCCCAAAUCGAGGAUACCGACUCGAGAGUUUGGCGAUUCAUCUUGAUUGGCUCCACUUUGGGCAUGUACAUCGGUUCUCUUGCCAUGACCAUUGUGCAGUAUAUCUUUUUUGCGCGCCAUUCGUGCUCGAUGAAUCAGGCCGUAAUCACCAUCAACCUCAUCCUCUGGCUUGGUAUCUCUGUCAUCUCUGUCAAUCCCACCGUUCAGGAGUUCAACCCCAAGGCAGGACUUGCUCAGGCCGCCAUGGUGGCGGUUUACUGCACAUAUUUAACCAUGUCCGCUGUGUCCAUGGAGCCUGAUAGCAAGUGCAACCCUCUUAUCAUGGGCCAAGGAACGCGAACGACAUCCAUCGUUAUCGGUGCUAUUGUUACUCUCCUCACGAUUGCUUACACUACCACUCGAGCUGCCACCCAGAGUCUUGGCCUCGGUAACUCUAACGGUAUUCAGUUGCCCGAUGAUGAUGAACAUGGUCUUGUAACCCAACAGCCCAGUGCUCGUCGUGAAAUGCGAGCCGAGGCUCUGCGCCGAGCUGUUGAGGAGGGAAGUCUGCCUGCCGAUGCUCUGCUGUCCGACGAUGAGAGUGAAGCUGGCGACACUCCCGUUGGCGAUGACGAGCGAAACAGGACCCAGUACAGUUACACUGUCUUCCAUAUCAUCUUCUUUCUGGCAACUGCCUGGGUAGCUACCCUUCUUACCAUGAACUUCGACGAGUCUACUAAGGAUGGUGACUUUGCGACUGUCGGACGUACCUACGCAGCAAGUUGGGUCAAAAUUGUUAGUGCUUGGGUCUGCUACGGCAUGUACACAUGGACACUGGUGGCCCCCGUUGUCCUUCCUGACCGUUUCGACUUUUCUUAA